AUGACGCACGCGGCGGCGGCGACCGCGCUGUACCGCCGCUUCUUGCGCGUCCUGCGCGCGCACCCGCGGCAUCGCGUCAAGCUCGCGCUUCUGGACGAGACGCGAGCCGCGUUCGCGCUGCGCCCGCGUCCGUCGUCGUCGUCGUCGUCGACGCGCGCGUCCGCGCUCGCGCGAGGGAUGCUCGCGCUGACGUUCCUCAAGCGCGCGGGCGCGAACGCGCGCGGGCCCGAGGGCGAGCUCCUGUACCACCUGAUGAGUCUGCGCGAUAGCGCGGCGCGGCGAAGGGACGACCGCGCGCACAAGGGCGCGCGGCAGGCGGGGACGAGGGAGCGCGCGUCGGGCGACGCCGAGCGCGCGGUGAUGGGAGGCGCGUACGGCGUCUUGCGCGACGUGAUCGGCGUCCGCGGCGUCGCGGGCGCGGACUGGGUCGACGACGGGUGGACGGCGCGGGACGGGAGCGGCGAGAAGGGAGGAGGCGGAGGAGGGGACGACGAGCGGGGGGGUGAUGGGUCGCGGUCGUAG